AUGGUUCAAAACAUUGAGCAGCACGCCAUCAAUACCGUCCGUGUCCUUGCCGCCGACGUUGUCCGCGGUGCCAACUCUGGCCAUCCUGGUGCCCCUAUGGGUUGCGCUCCCAUGGCCCACGUCUUGUUCGGCAAGGAGAUGACCUUCAACCCCAAGAACCCUGCGUUCAUCAACCGUGAUCGUUUCGUCUUGUCCAACGGCCACGGCUGUGCCUUGCAGUACAUCUACUUGCACUUGUUGGGCUACGAUGUCUCCUUGGAGGACUUGAAGUUGUUCCGUCAAGUCGGCAGCAAGACUCCUGGUCACCCUGAACUUCACGAUACCCCCGGUAUUGAAGUUACCACUGGUCCCCUUGGCCAAGGUAUCUCCAACGCUGUUGGUUUGGCUGCUGCUGAGGCUCAGUUGGCUGCUACCUACAACCGCCCCGGCUUUGAGCUCUUCAACAACUACACCUACACCAUCCUCGGUGACGGCUGUCUUCAGGAAGGUGUUGCCGCUGAGGCCGUUUCCCUUGCUGGCCACUGGAAGCUCGGCAAGCUCAUUGCUUUGUACGAUGACAACGCCAUCACCAUUGACGGUGACACUGCUGUCUCGUUCACCGAAGACGUGUUGAAGCGCUUCGAGUCGUACGGCUGGCACACCGUGUACGUCGCUGACGGCGACAGCGACAUUGCCAGCAUCGAGGCUGCUAUUGCCGAGGCCAAGGCUGUCACCGAUAAGCCCACCCUCAUCAAGGUCAAGACCACCAUCGGUUACGGUUCCUUGUUGCAGGGCGAAGAAAAGGUCCACGGUGCUCCUUUGACCGUUGAUGACAUCAAGCAGGUCAAGGAAAAGUUUGGCUUCAACCCCGACGAGAAAUACGUUGUUCCCAAAGAGGUCUACGAGUUCUACGGUGCCCGCGCUGCCGCCGGUGCUGCUGCCGAGACCGAAUGGAACGCCUUGCUCGAAAAGUACGUCCAGCAGUUCCCUACCGAAGGUGCUGACCUCAAGCGUCGUCUUGCUGGCCAGUUGCCCGAGGGCUGGGAGGCUGCCCUUCCCCGCUUCACUCCUGCUGAUGCUGCCGUCGCCACCCGCAAGUUGUCCGAGGGUGUCUUGACUGCUCUUGCCGACAAGGUCCCUGAAAUGCUCGGUGGUUCCGCUGAUCUGACUGGCUCCAACUUGACCCGUUGGAAGCAGGCUGUCGACUUCCAGCACCCCUCGACCGGCCUUGGUGACUACACCGGCCGCUACUUCCGCUAUGGUGUCCGUGAACACGCCAUGUUUGCUGUCAUGAACGGCUUGGCCGCCUAUGGCGUCAACAUCAUCCCCUACGGUGGCACCUUCUUGAACUUCUUGACCUACGGUUGGGGUGCUGCCCGUCUCUCUGCCUUGUCGCACUUGCGCGUCAUCUAUGUCAUGACCCACGACUCCAUUGGUCUUGGUGAAGACGGCCCUACCCAUCAGCCUAUCGAGACCCUUGCCCUCACGCGUGCCACCCCCAACAUGCUUACCUUCCGCCCUGCUGACGGUAACGAAACCUCGGGUGUCUAUUUGGCUGCAUUGACCACCGACCGUCCCUCGAUCGUCGCUCUCUCGCGUCAGAACUUGCCCCAACUCGAAGGCUCCACCGUCGAAGCCGUCCUCAAGGGUGCUUACGUCUUGCAGGAUGCUGCUGACGCCAAGGUUGCCUUGGUCGCCACUGGCUCUGAAGUCUCGCUUGCCGUUGAGGCUGCCAAGUUGUUGGCUGGCCAGGGUAUCGGUGCCCGCGUUGUCUCCAUGCCCUGCUCUGAACUGUUCGAUGAACAGCCCUCUGAAUACCGCAAGUCGGUUUUGCCCGCCAACUUGCCCGCCAUUGCCAUUGAAGCCCUUGGCACCUUUGGCUGGGAGAAGUACUCGCACGCUCAAAUCGGUAUGACCUCGUUCGGUGCUUCCGGCCCUGCUCCCAAGCUCUACGCCAAGUUCGGCAUCACUGCUGAGGCCACUGCUGCCAAGGCCCAGGCUGUCAUUGCCCACUAUGCCAAGGUCGGCUAUGUCCCUGAGCUCGGUGUUGAGUUCUAA